UACGUAAGCUCAGCAGAGAGUGUGUAGGCCGUAGUCUCAGACCGUCUAUCUGAAGAGAUGAUCUGCCUCAAACACUUCAAACAGGAAGUGGAUCUUCUUCUUCUUCUUCUUCUUCUUCUGCAGCGCUGACAAUCUUUAACAGCACGCGGUUGUCAUGGCAACGUGUUAAGGCUGCAUGCGUUGAUGGUCAAAGGUUGAAAAAAAAUAAAACUGCAUCGCUGGCUGAAAUGGACGGAUGAAUGAUGUCGUGAAUCUGCGGCUCUUGUCGUCUUUACGGAGCUUUAAAGAUGGGCAGGGCAGCUCCCAGAAUACCGUCUGAAACUCUGAGACCUCUCACUCUGCUGCAGGAUUACUACACAUCAACCACAGUUAUACUACAGAAAGUACUUCACUGUUUGAUGUAAAAGUACUUCAUCUACUGAGGAUUCUGCUCGUCCUACAAGAGGAACUACUUUACUGGUUCUGCUGCUGCUCACAGGGAUUACAACGAUCUAAACCCACCCAGAGACAGAACCUGGCACCUGGACCAGAACCAGGAGAACCAGCGCUGAACCAGUAAGCCAGUCAGACUCUGUAGAGCGGAGCGGGCCAGCACCAGGACCAGGACAGACCAGAAGAGACCAGUAGAAAUCAGUAGAGGCCAUUGGAAAAGUUUGAUGGGACUGCUGACGAUAGCCACAUGCCUCUGAGUCCGGCUGCUGACACCAAACAUGAUCGCCCACGGCAACAGGCGGUUACUAACGGCAACCCGACAGGCUCUGCUGUUGCCAGGGACGACGACGCGGAUGACACGCCCCCUGGAAACAGUAUUGUCGUCCGCAUUGGCAUCCCAGACCUGCAGCAGACGAAGUGUUUGCGGUUGGACCCAGACUUACCAGUGUGGACCAGUAAGCAGAGGGUUCUGGUGACGUUGACUCAGUCUCUGUCGGAUGUUUUGAACUAUGGUCUCUUCCAGCCGGCGUUCAACGGCCGAGCCGGAAAGUUUCUGGACGAGGAGCGGCUGCUGAAGGAGUAUCCUCUUCCUCCCAUCACCCCCAUCCCAUACCUGGAGUUCCGUUAUAAGCGGAGAAUUUACACCCAGACCUACGUGGACGAUAAGCAGCUGGCAAAGCUGCACACCAAGGCAAACCUGAAGCGUUUUAUGGAACAUGUUCACCAGAAGAAUGUGGAGAAGGUUUCCAAAUGGUUGGAAAAGGGCCUGGACCCCAACUUCCAUGACUCGGACACCGGGGAGUGUCCUCUGACUCUGGCGGUCCAGCUGGAGGAGAGCGGGGACUUAAUCAAAGUCCUCCGCAGUGGAGGAGCCCACCUGGACUUCAGGACCAGAGACGGUAUCACCGCUCUGCAUCGGGCCGUCCUCUGCAGGAACAGCGCUUCUCUCAGUACUCUGCUGGACCUCGGAGCGUCUCCGGACUACAAGGACAGCAGAGGUCUGACUCCUCUCUAUCACUCCGCCAUGGUGGGCGGCGCCCCCUACUGCUGCGAGCUGCUGCUGCAGGACCACGCCACCAUCGGGAUGACUGAUGAGAACGGCUGGCAGGAAAUCCACCAGGCAUGUCGCUAUGGUAACGUGCAGCACUUGGAGCACCUGCUGUUCUACGGCGCCGACAUGAGUUCCCAGAAUGCAUCGGGAAACACCGCGCUGCACCUCUGUGCUCUCUACAACCAGGACAGUUGUGCCAGAGUGUUGCUGUUCAGAGGAGCAAAUAAGGACAUCAAAAACUACAACAACCAGACUGCCUUCCAGGUGGGAAUAAUUGCUGGGAACUUCGAUCUUGCAGAAAUCAUAAAAAUCCACAAAACCUCUGAUGUUGUAGUUCCCUUCAGAGAAACUCCAUCCUACACAAAGCGCCGCAGAGCCGGCAUGACCAGGUCAUCGGCAGGAAAUGGUCUGUCUUCUCCACGCUCUCUGAUUCGCUCAGCUAGUGACAACGUUCUGGAAAGCCCCGCCUCCUCUCCUGGCCCCUCCCUCCAAAGCCUGGAAACGCACCACGACACGCACACACAUUCGCUACGACGACACACGCGGCGACUCAGCCCGAGCGGUGGAGGCCAUGUGGAGGCCAGCCCCCCCUCCUCCCCUCCACCGACCCCCCAGAUGAGGAAGAGGAGGCUGUACAGCGCCGUACCGGGACGCACCUUCAUCGCCACCCGGUCCCACGUCCCCCAGGGGCCCGGAGAGAUCCAGCUGCACCGAGGAGAAAGGGUGAAAGUUCUGUCUAUCGGUGAAGGAGGAUUCUGGGAAGGAAGUGUUAAAGGAAGAACCGGUUGGUUUCCUGCCGACUGUGUUGAGGAAGUCCAGAUGAGACAAUACGACUCACGAACGGAGACGAGGGAGGACCGCACUAAGAGACUGUUCAGACAUUACACUGUGGGGUCCUAUGACAACUACACCUCCUACAGUGACUAUGUGAUCGAGGAGAAGACGGCCGUGCUGCAGAAGAGAGAGAGCGAGGGAUUCGGCUUCGUCCUCCGAGGAGCUAAAGCCGAGACCCCCAUCGAGGAGUUCGCCCCCACCCCGGCGUUCCCCGCCUUGCAGUACCUGGAGUCUGUGGACCAGGGUGGCGUGGCCUGGAGGGCGGGGCUACGGACCGGAGACUUCCUCAUAGAGGUGAACGGCGCUGACGUGGUGAAGGUGGGUCACCGGCAGGUCGUCUCUCUGAUACGACAGGGAGGAAGUCGCCUGCUCAUGAAGGUCGUAUCUGUUUCCAGGAAAUCUGAGACCAACCUGAUCCGGAAGAAAGCUCCGCCCCCUCCAAAACGAGCCCCCAGCACCUCGUUGACACUCCGAUCCAAGUCAAUGACCGCUGACCUGGAGGACAUAGCCAGGAGGAGACGCUUCGACAAACUGGAUGAGAUGUUGGCCGGAGGUCAACAGGAAGUAGUUCUCAGGGCUCGACCGUCGGACGACUUCAGAGCGGCGACGGUGAAACAGAGACCAACGAGCCGCCGGAUCACACAGGCUGAGAUUAACUCGCUGUUUGAGCGUCAGGGUCUCGUGCCUCCUUCAGCUCCACAGAAAAGCACCAUGGCUUUACCUCGAGGGAUGUCCAGAACCAAGAGCUUUGGCACACCUGAGGACGACAGGAUCUCGUCUCUGAUCAAUGAAAGUCGGUUUCCACGGAGCUCCUCGCUGACGGACAGCUUCAUCCCUCCUCCUCCUCAGAUGGCUCCGCCUCCUCCUCCCUCCGCCUCCUCCUCCACCUCCUCGCUCUUCCUCCUAGACUCCGGCCCUCCUCCCUCCUUCCUCCCACCUCCUCCCCCAGCCAGAGGGGAGGGGCUCACCCGCUCCAGCUUCAAGCCGGGGGCGGAGCCGAGGCUCCAGGAGCUAUGCGAUUCGCCGACGAGGAGCCACGCCCAUGCCGAGCGGCAGAGGAAGGCGAGGUCGAUGAUCAUCCUGCAGGACACGCCGCCGCAGCUGCAAGCCGACGCACACGCCGCCGCAGCCGCGCUCACGCUGCACACCGCCACGCACACUGCCACGCACACCGCCACGCACUCCGCCACGCAUACCGCCACGCACACCUCCACGCUGUCUCUCCACAGCACAAGCCCCGCUCUCGGUCACUCGCCGCUGUCGCGCCGCCGGGGACGACCAAUAGAAAACCCGUACGCUAAUGUGGGACAGCAGGCUCCGCCCUCCAAGCCCCAGAGGAGGAAGUCGCCUUUGUUAAAACAACUUCCUGUGGAGGAGCAGGGACUCAAAGACCUCGAUUUGUUGAGAGUAGACGGAGGACACUGCAGCCCGAGUCGGGCGGAGCUUUACCAGCAGCAGGUUCUUUCGGAGCGCUCUCGUGUUCAGGGUCGCAGGUCGUCUCUCUUCCUGUCUGUGGAGGGAGCCGGGUCAGAGAACCAGGUGCCGCCCCUCCUGACUCUGAGCCAUUCGAUGGACGACCUCGGCGAGCUUCCACCGCCGGCUCCGGUCCUGUCGCCCUCUCCGAUGCCUCACACCUUCCUCCACCCGUUGACAGGGAAACCUCUGGACCCCUCAUCUCCACUCGCCCUGGCGCUUGCUGCACGUGAACGAGCGCUCACAGCCCGCACGCCGAGCCCAGAGCCGAGACUAAAACACAUAUCUGCCUCCACUACACCCAUACUGACCCCGGCUGCCAGCCCCGAGGGCAGACACAAGCGAACCCCUAUCACCACCCCGCAGAGUAGCCCCGAGCCACGGUCCAAACGCACCACCCCUCAGACGAGCCCCGAGCAACGAACCAAGCGCACCACUCCCCAGACCAGCCCUGAGCUGAGGCAUAAACACAUAACCCCGCCCUUGUUCCCUGACGGACAGGUGGAGCGUCCAGAAACCGAGGGAGGAGUGACAUCACCCGCCGGCCCCUCCCCUGAGCGCUGGAGACCCACCCCCUUGCCAUCGCUGGCCAAUGAGAGUCACCCUGCUCUGAUUGACAGGCGGAGAAGCCUCACAGUGGGCAGCUCAGAGGAGGAGGGCGGGGCUUACACAGUUACACUCCCACCAGCGUUAUUGUCGUCCAGUGAUGAGGAAACUAGGGAGGAGCUUCGCAGAAUUGGCCUGGUAACUCCACCCGCUGCCUUCGCCAGUCCUCCUGCUCUUCCUCCCCCAUCCUCCCUCACCCUGUUGCCACGGCGAGGUGGGGAGGGAGGGGGAGGAGAGAGUGGUACUGAAUCCCUGAGUAGACAAGGCGAGGAGGAGGAAGGAAGUGACGAACGACUCCACGACAGCUCCUCCCCCAGCUCACUCCCUCCCUCCAUUACCUUGGCAUCCCCUUCUGAUCCUUCUUCCCCCUCCUCCCCUCCGGCUACUCAACCUUCCCCCUCCUCCCCCGUCACCUCCCCAUCUGGUUUUAAGCCUCGCCUUCGUUCACCUAUAGGUCGGGGCCGCUCUGCACUCCGUGACCCACUACUGAAGCAGUCAUCGGACAGUGAGCUCCUCCCGUCUGCCGCGUCCGGCUCCUCCCCUUCCUCCCCACUCUGUUCCUCCCCCACCAGUGGCGGCGGACGGCAGCCACGCUAUCUGUUCCAGAGGAGGUCGAAGCUGUGGGGGGGCGGGGACGACCGCGACGAGCGGCGGGGCUUCGGCCCGGACGAAGGGGGACGUCCAGUGGCACUGGGAGGUCAGGGGUCGGCGUCAGCCGUGGAUCUCAGCGGCCGGUCGGCAUCAGCACUGGAGCUGAGCGGCAGGGCAGGGUCUGGACUAGAUCUGGCUAAUCGGCUACAGCUGCUAAACAAAGACAGUCACUCUCUUGGGGAGGAGCCGAGUCCCCUCGAUCCGGGCCGGAGGUCCCCAGUAGGAGGUGCCAGAUAUGUGGACAAUGAAGACAGUAAAUCGUUGUUCUCCAGUCUUGGUGAACUCCACACUAUCUCCCAGCGAGGAUACGGUGCCAGCUAUACAGUCCGACCGGGGAGCCGCUACCCUGUAACCCGUCGGAGCCCCUCCCCCUCUCCCUCCCCAUCUGAUAGGUCAAUAGGGCACGCCUCCUCCACCGCCCCUUGCACUGAAAGGCCAGAUCUGAGCUCGGGUCGCGGUCUAACCAUCCUGAAGUCGUCCAGUCUCAGCCUCCCCUCAGAACCCAAGGAGGUUCGGUUCGUGAUGCGAAGCGCCAGCGCACGGACCAGGUCCCGUUCGCCCUCGCCCUCGCCCCAUGCCUCUCCAUGCCCCUCCCCCGUCCUUAGCGGGCCCCUAUUGGCCCUUCGGCCGUGGAGGCAGCGGCCCCUCAACUUGUGGAAUAAAUACGAUGUGGGCGACUGGCUGGAGAGCGUGGGCCUGGCCGAACACCGCCAGCGCUUCCAGGAGCACGAGAUCGAGGGCUCCCAUCUCCCCGCUCUCACCAAGGAGGACUACGUGGAGCUAGGCGUCACCAGACUGGGACACCGAAUCAACAUCGAGAGGGCGCUCAGACAGCUGCUGGAUGGUCCCACUUGACCCAUCACCUCUGACCACAAACCUCUAGACAUCCUGAACUGUGACCUCAUAACCCCUGACCUCUGGUCAGACACUAGGCCAUCUCUUUGACUAGAAUAUCUUAGCAGUGACUGAAUCUUUAGACCUUUUUACCAACGUGGAGCUCAGCCUUCUGAGUUAUCUUGCUGACAUUUUGGCUUAUCAGCUCUUUGAUCGACCCAAACGGACCGGUAGCACCAAUGUCUGUGUCCAGUAAAACGCUUUGGUGUCAUUUUAGAUCUCCAAGAUUUAGUUUGACCUCUGUUAACUGUCUAGUGCCUCGUGUUUAUGCUGUAAAAGCCCUCAACGAAAUGUCUCUAUUUUAAGGUAAACAGAUCCCCAGUGAGUUAUCCUGUGAGGUUUUUGGCAGAACUUUCUUGCCAAAAGUGCAAAGUCAAACAGUGCACAGAACAUGGCCAUCGUUUCCAAUGGAAUGAUCAGCUGCAGGAGCCAUAACAGCAUGCACUCUGCUUAUAUUACAUAAGGUUUUGAGGCCAAAGUUCAAGUACAUUGAACUUUACCACCAAAUGCAUCGACCUCCACAACACAAAAAUUAGAUUCUGGUAUUGACGGAAAUAUUUAAGUUAAGAGUGCGACAAUUCAGGCCGGAGAACAAUGUUCUUACGCCACUCUACAUUGCACAAAAUUUUCAUUAGUAUGUUUUUUUUAUCCAAAACCAGCCAGAGGAAUGAUACCAUUUUGUACGACCCCAAAUAUAAGGCGAUAAGGUCUGAGUAUGUCCAAACAUCAUUCUUGUACAUUUUGAUGUACAAGAAAACAGAAAUGUUUGGAGCGGUUUCACUUUUGAAACUUUAGAAACCCCAAUCAACAGUCCAAAACCCAAAGAUAUUCAUUGUACGAUCAUAAAAGCAAAUUUCUUGCAAUUUUUUUGCCAUUUUUUGCCAUUUUUGCCUAACAAAGACAACAAUCAAUCAGUUAUUAAAGUGGUUGCUGAACACAUUUUUUUGCUGACUAAUCAACUAACUGUAAUGUUUUCAGUGUGUUUCACACUAAUGUUAUUCAUGUCCAUUCACAUCAAUUGAAAUUUUACCUGCCGUUGCUAACGUUCUGUGCUAGCUAGCAAAAUACUUUUCUUUUUAAUUCAAAGAGUUCUGUAACGCAGCCGCUAAAUAAAGUUUAUUUUCUUUGUAUUCCGAUCUGGAUCACAAGAAGAUACCAGAGUUUUGAUUAAAGCUAGUUUAUAACAUCCACCGCAUUACGUUAGCUUACUAAGCUAGUCACAGCGGAGACACAGAGCCAUGAACAGGUGAAGGGUCAUUGAUCAAAGAGCUGAUUUGACAAACUGAUAAAUACAAUGAGACGGGUUAUUUUCCUCGUGCCAUUUUGCUUCCCCAGACGAGUUCAGCUGGACUUGUUAUGCGAGCAGAGCUGGACGAUGAGCGAGCGACUGGAAGUCUCUACCUUAACAACAUCAGGGGAGAUUAGCUGAGGAUAUUUCUCCGUCUUUUCUUGUGACUUAUUUUAGUUUUUCUUCCAAAUAUCACUCAUGAAGAAUUUGUGUUUUAUUUUGAGUUCAUAAUCUUAACGCCGAUCAUUUAGAAUUUAUGAAUAACAAGUAAUAAUAAUGUGGUGGUGAUGACUUACAGAGUUUAUAAUCGUUUGGAAAAUGAUUUUGAGUUCCUUAUGAUUUGACAAUGAGUUGAAUUUCGAGGUCAUUUCGGUGACGUUUUUUGAAUAUUCAUGAUGAUUUGUCAAUGAGUGUGACUUUGUGCUGUGUGUUUCAGGGAGAGCUGCAGCAGAGCUCCUACUGGUUUCUAACCUGCUUAUCGAGGGCUUACUGUACAUGGUGCUAUCUGUUUAAAGCCAUCUGUACAGAAAAUACCUUCCCCUCCUAUUCCUUCCUCACACUAACACAUACAACUCUUAGCUUAACUCCCUCUGAACUCUAUUAUUCCUAACUAAUCUAAAGCGUGGCUGUACCUGCCAUAACCAUCCCGCAGUAAUGGUGACUUUGCCAGGAACAGGCCAUAUAUGGAGUUUCCUCCCUGCCAUAUUGGGGACUUCUUCCCUGCCAUACGUGGAGUUUCCUCCAGAUCAUAUGUAGAGUUUCCCAGAGUUUAAAAACAGGCCUUAAAAGAUGCCUGAUUACGGUGUAUCGUACGUUCACGUGAAGUUAAAAUGCUGUCCCACCUAAAUAUGUUGCCCAUUUACUUCUAUGAAGAACAAUGCAGGACGUUUUCAUUCCGGCUUACAAAGCUUCACGAAAAGUUACAUUAGAUAGUGUGGGUGGAAGUCACAUUUAUAUGACUGCACAGUGAAAUACUACAAGUAUCAGAAGAACAAAUGCUGCUUUUCUGCGAGUCAAAGAACAAUUAUAGAAGUUAAUGAAAAUAAAGUAGGGCUGGGCCCAUUAUAUUCUGCAGGGCUUCAUGUGCAGGAUAUUUAAGGAGGAGUUAUAAAAAGACCUGCAUCACUACGCAUAAGGCUGUAGCCAAUAAUUCAAAGAUUCAGAUCAGCCUACACUAAUAUUAUUAUUAUGCUAUUUGUAGAAGUAGGCUGCGUAGGAUUGUGUCAGAGUUGUGGGAUCCAAACAUUUCCAAUAACUCCAGACAGUUAUAAAGUCAAAAAGUGAGAGAAUACACAACGCGUUUCUAUCCAACGAAGUGUUCUGCUUUUAAUCCACAUUUGUUGGCGUUUAGCUUUUAAAAAACAUUUUCACCGGUCAAUCAACUAUUUGCAGCAAUCUAACGCAACAUAAUUACAUUUAUAUAACCACAAUUACAAAAAUCUAUUUUGUCUCUCUUUUCUUUGAGGGUGUGAAAACACUAAUAGUUUAAUAGAAGCUUCAAAUGUUUAAAAAACAACAAAAGAAAUCAUCAACAAUAAGUCUUGAUGUAUCGCCCAGCCCUAAGAAACAAGCAUUUUACACGAGCUGUACCAUUUACAGUUUUUGGAAUGCUAUUGCUAGCCUGCCUGCCUUGCUAGCUGACGCACUUUAUACUUAAAACUCUGUCACGCUAACGUUUCACCACAUUAUGCAAGUAAAUGACAUCCAGCGAAAUCUGGUCCGGCCGCACAAAAUUAGUGGACACAACUCUUAAAGAAACAGUUGCUUCUUUUUGCCAUCUAUAGGUCCUUUUAGCCUAGCUUAGAACAAAGACUGGAUGCAAGGGGAAACUGCUAGCCUAGCUUUAUCAAAAGUGGAAAACAUGCACCUUCCAACGACCGAGCUGUCACAUUUACAUGUUGAAUCUUGUUAUCUAGCAGUAGUGGAAUGUAACUAAGUACAUUUGCUCAAGUACUGUACUUAGGUACACACUUGAGGUACCAUUUACCAGUUAGUUACUUUUCAGAUUACAUUUUUCGUGUUUACUGAAAACCACGAACCUCCAUUUUAUUGUAGUGAAUACUUUUCAUACUUUACUACCUUUUUUGCUGAUAAUACUUACAUACUUUGACUUCAGGAAGGUUUUGAAUGCAGGACUUUUUACUUGUAGUGGAGUAUUUUCGCAGCGUGGUAUUAGAGACUGCUGCUAAACCCGCAAUGUCUCAUUUUUAUUUCAUUACACCUGCACAAUAAACAAGGUACAGCACGUAAAUAACAUCUCUGAAGUCACUGGAAGGUGUAUUUCUUCACUCUUUUAAUAACGAGCUAAUCAUCAUGAACUGUAAUUUGCUACAACUCACUCUCUUCUUAAGCUCACAUAAUAAAUUCACUAAAUAACCUGCCUGAAAGUUACCGUCUCACCUCUUGAAUCCACACAAUCAACGUUCCAGUGCCUGUUUCCACAACAACAAAUCUACUGCGUUUAUUUAGCUUUUUAUUCCCAGCUGAAAUACCUGAAUUCAAGCUAAACCACAAUCAUGAAUCCCAAAGUUGUACAAGUUCACGGUGCCCUUUUAUGUGAAAAAGUAUUGCCUGCCCACGGCAGAGCACAGAGGUAUAGAAAGUGUAGUCUAUGUACAGCACAUUACAGUAGACUUUAUAGCCUGUAUAAUAUAUAUUAUGGUAGAAUAAUGUAGCUAUAGUGUAAUAUAUAAAGUAUCGUAGACAAUAAAAUGUAUACAGUAAUAUUUUGGUAGACUGUAGUCUAUUAAGGCUUUGUGUGAUAUUCAGCCUUUGUAAUCAGCCGCACGCCAGCUGUUUAACUUUUAUUUUUAAAGAGUAACCUAACUCUAAAUUAACUUGUAUGAGUUAAUUAAUUAUGUCGACAGUAACUUCAUCAUACUAUCAAUUUAUUCUAGUCCAUUGCAAGCGUAGCUAUUCGCAUCAAGACGAUUUAGAAUCCUUUCCGAUCCCUCAUCGAUUAUACGUAUGUUAAGCUUUUUAACAUUUUAGUUAUGUACAACAAAAGUUAUUAACACCUAAAACUCAGCUUUUGUUUGUUGGUUAGUACCUAAUUACAGUUCACAACCUGGCAGUCGGAGCCUAACCCUGACCGCAUCCUGACCUCACAUGGUUGUCUCUUAGAACCCAAGUUACUUUCGUAACCUAGAGCAAGCAGCCGACAGUCGUUGGGUCACAGGCGGUUUAAAGCUUUUAUAUCUUCUCUGACUUGAAAGUUAUUACUGUGACAAUCAAUUUAUACUUAAGAUGAACGAUUGUGAGGUAAAAUUACAUUAAAAUUAAACGAUCCUCUGACAUCGCAAAAGUUCAGCCUUGUUUAGCCUUUUUUGCUAAAUUAUGUGUUUGUUAACCCUGAAAGAUCCGACAAAUCAGAGAAGUAGACGAGAUCGUCAGUUUAAGUAAAUUCAGACUUUACUCUUUAAGGCGUCCUGAUGUCUUUAGCUGCUAACAUAGCCACACCAAUAAAAACCAGUGAAAACUUUACACCUCCAACAUGUUUUUGGUAGUUGCUCAAUUUUGGUCUCACAGGUAAAGAGAACGUAGCUGUUUACGCCGAGUGAAUAUCACAUAUAAACUGUAUAGUAUAUAUUAUAAUGGACUAUAGUCUACUGUACACAAUGAGAGAGUGAGCUGACCUUUUUCUCUUCAGUGAAACAGUGAAAAUCAGCGACGGAGAGGUCAUGUGACCUCUGACCUCAAGUCCCCCUAACCCUGAACAGAAACGUGAGCUCAUUCACUCGUUGUAGGAUUUCUCAGCCAAUCAGAAACCAGCUAAACCUGCUGCUAAUAGUCUCUUCGGAUUACGUGGUGCUGAAGGGAAGUCAAGUGGUGUUCCUCCGCUGGGAAAAGUAGUUCCUCGUUGAUUUCUACCUAAAAAGUUCUGCCUUGAAAAUGAAAACAGGUCGUUCGGAUUCGACGUCUUCUGAAGUUCCUAUUUAGCUUAUUCGUAUUCCACAACCUCUUGGUUUAACUUAAGCUAAAUGUAUGCUAGCUGAUGCUAACAGCAUCACCUAAGAAAAGUAACUAAGUACAGUUACUCAAGUACUCUAAUGAAGUACAACGUUGAGGUACUUUCCUUGAGAAAUAUUGUAAUUUUUUCUCCACUACAUUUAUAUAAGAGCUACAGUUACGAACAAGAUUAAGAUUUUACAAACAAAACAUAUGAGUUUUUGAAAUAUGAUCCAUCGCUACAGAUUCAACAACUAAACGUAUAUAAAGUAGUAAAAAAGUCAAAUUAGAUCCAUCGCGACCAACGACAACAUUAACGCCUAGCUUACAUAUUAAUAUGUAAUAUUAAUCAACAAUAAGAGAUAAGCUAACAGUGACUACGUUUACAUGCACACUAAUAUUCCACUAUUAUUAUGAAUAUGAUGAUAUUGUGAAUUUGAUACAGGUUAUGUAAACAUCAUAUUCUCUUUGGAUGUUCUGGAGGUAGAUGUCUGAUUAAACUUGUGUGAUAUGUUGAUGUUGUUCAGGUUCUAGGAUCAUUCUGUGGACGUGUGAACAUGAUUCUGACUAAUUAUGAAACUAUGAAGAGGAGGGACGUUUAAGUACUCAAAGGUUGGCCUUUGUUUUCAUUGGCCAUGUAAACAGCUUAUUAUUUUUGAAAUUAGGGCAAAAACUAGAAUGUCUGUGCAUGUAAAUGUAGUCAUUGACAGCAGCCUCACUGUAUACGGAGUACUUUUACUUUGAUACUUAAAAUACUUUUUUUUGCUAAUACUUCUGCACUUUUAAGGGACAUUUGGAAAGCAGGACUUUUUACUUAUAAUGGGGUGUUUUGAUACUGUAGUACUGCUAGUUUUACUAAGUAGAUCGUUGGAAUACUUCCUUCCAUUAGAAAGCAAAUACAGCCUGAGUGAUGGAGAGAAGACGGCGGUUCAGUGUGAUCGUAUAAAAAUAGGUUUUCUUGUUUCGCUCGUUUUCACAAGUCUAGGUUUACGGUCCUGAAAUUACCUGAAAAAGAUGGAACAAAGAGCCAAAAUGGCCGCCACUGCAAUCUCAAUAGUGUUUACCAUGGUGACGCCUCAGCUUCCUGCUGAUUGGCUGAGAAUCCUGGCUUUCUUACCUGCGUGUGAAACCCUCCUCCUGAUAUUCACCUGGUUAUAAUGGUUUGAUGGUUGCCUUCCUCCUCCUCCUCCUCUCUAGCUUCCUCUUUCUAAGGUAUGUUUGUAGUUUCUUCUGGAGUGAGUGGCGUGUGUGUACUUGUAGUUUUUUUUCUUCCCUUUUCUAAAAACUAAAGAGCACACAAACGACAACCGAUGAGCUCUGCAACGCAACAGAUUGUAAUCUUUAUAAUAAACUGUCAUUUAUUACAAAGUUAA